AUGGAGUCGCUGUUUCAACUAAAAUACGACGACUUCGAUAUUUUUUCCUUAAACAUAAAGAAGAGGCUGAUGCUGCAAGACCAGGACGUCCAGGUUGCGUGCAUCACGCGGUUAACCAACCUAUUCAAAGAUGGCGCCAGCAUAGGCAACGAGGCGGUUGUUUCGAAACUGAUCAAGUACGACGUGCUCUCGUCGAUAUUCGAAAUUCUCCAAACGCUCGACAAUCAUCUUCUCCCGAUGGUUCUCGAUUUUUUGAGCUUGGUGAUCGUAUAUCGAAAGUUUUACGAGAGCCACGUGGCAAUGGCCGCCGUGGAUUCGAUGCUGAAGGUCGCAAUUUGCAUUACGAAGUCUCGUUGCAAGGAAAACCAGCUUCUGGAAAAAUUGAUUGCCAUCGUUUACGACAUAUUGAACAGAGCCGUGGGAUUUCACGUGGACUUUGAGGCGGUUUGCGUGCCGCGGCAAGUCCUCAGCCUUCUGAAAUCUUUGAUCUUCGGGGUUCCGUCGUAUCGGAGAAUCAAAUUCCUCGCAGCCGCGUUGCUCAACAUCGUUCUCGAACACACGAACGCCAAGGAUGAGUGGGAGGACGUCGCGUUCGAACUUUGCCACAAAGCUCUCGACUUAAUGAAAGAGAUCGUCGACUUCAGCGACGACGAAGCCUCGAUCGCGAUGGCCGCGAACGCUUUGUGCGCCCUUUGCGCUGCCGGCACCCGGCUGUGUUCGGCGGCGAACGAGAGCAGCGCGGGAACGUUCGAUAAAAUUCAACUGCGCGGAGCGGCUUUGACGAAAUCUGUCUACUCGGUGACGAUGAACACGCUGAUACCUUGCCCGAGAGACGACCGGCCGAACGAAACGGACAGCGAACGGACGGAAUUCCACGGGAACCUCGUCGCCGCCCUGAGCAGCCUUUACGAGCUGCGCGAGUGCGACCGCGACAACUUGUCGAACCACUUGGCCGCCAACGGAUACCUGAAGCGAUUCUUGCUUUCGACCACCGGACUCCCAGGGUACCUUCGUCGCAACACCUGCGUGCUGUUGUCGCGCGUCGUAACGGUCCUCGCCUCUAAAUCGAUGCCGAUCGGCCGGUGGCCCAGCGACGUGUCCGCCUUCGAGAAUUUAAUGCACCGUGGACUGCUCGACUUGCCAAACGAUCAGCGACGGUGGAACGAUGUUCUGGCUCGUUGGGAAAGCAGCGCGACCGCCCUGACGACGCUGAUUUAUUACCAUUUCCGCGCGACCAGAGAACACGAUACCAUCUGUCUGAGGUCGCUGAUCGUCCGGAUCACGAGUCUGCCGUGCUCCGAGCAGCCGCCGUCGUGGGUCCUCAAGGUUCUGUGGUUUCUGUUCGCCGUGGGAUCCGUCUACCAUCCGUCGCCCAACUCGGAGCAGGACUACGGGAACGCAGUUAGGCGAUUGGCAGCCGCGUUGCAGCGUUCGAAACUGGACGAGUGCUAUUCCCACCACAUCGACCUGCUUCGUUACUGUCUGAAAUGUCCGGAGGUGCCCAAGGAUCUGAGGACGAAGGCGACGGGCCUCUGGCUAGCGGACUCCGACGGGAACAUCGAGCCUCUGCUCGCUUUGGGCUGCGACAACGUCGUCAGACACCAUUUGCUGCACCUCGUGCAGACCGGCUGUCCCGAGAAGAUCAUCGGCCUGGCGAUGAAAGGAAUCCGGAGGAUGGUGCGCGACGACAACAAGAAGGAGAUCGGCGAAAUAGCUUGGUACAUGCUGCCGAAACUUCUCUCGACUUACUCGCCCGACAAAGCCGAGCAGAUCAAGGCCGUCCUGGAGCUUGCGAACCUUUUCAUUCCCGAUUGGCUGUCCGCCGGCGUAAAGAGUCGCUGCGCGGACCGUCUGACGACCAUCGUAACGAGGAGAGACACGGACUCGGUGCUGAGGACGCUGGCAAUAAUGCAGUCGUACGACUUGCUGGUCACGUCCGCGACGUCCAAGCCAUUUACAAUUCUCGAGAAAUACGUCGGCGCACCGAACUUCUUGGAGGAGCUGCUUCUGCGAGGAUUCUCCGAGGAAACCCCGGAACUGUCGGCGGUCUGUCUGAAGUUGCUAGCGUUCGUCGUACAUUUCCACGAGAGAUCGUUCGUCCGGCGCGAUAAACCGUUGACGAUCGACGUGCAGAGCUUGGCCGAUUUGCUGUUUAAUACGAGAAAAUCUGUCCACAUCGCGAUCAAUGGGAUGCAACUCGUGCUGGAACUUUUCACUGGAAAUAUCGAUGGAUCGCCUGUCAGGUUGGACGGAGUCGUCGGUGGAGCGAUCAAUCUCUACGAGACUCUUUGGAUCGUUCACGGGAUAAGCGACCCAACGCGGAGAGACAUCGUCUACCAGUGUCUCGAGGGCUUGCUCAGGUUCUGCCGCAAGCACGCCGAACCUCUGAUGUACCAUCUGUGCACCCUGAUGAGCAACUACAGCCUGGUGACGUCCACGCUGAGCUCUCGUUGCGUGACCAGCCACUUUCGCAAGUUCGUCUCGUCGUGGCUUCGCUGUCGGAAAAGGUACUGCAACGACGAAGGACCUUGGACCGAGAGAUCCAUCUGUAAGACACCGUUCGAGGAUACCUGGGACCUCGUCAAGAAGUACGUGGACACCGUGGACGACAAGGUCGACCCUUCGUUCUACGAUCUUCGGUACGCGGUGAGUGAUUCGCAAAUUAUGUCGCAACACGUCGGAACGAAUUCCGGGUGUUGCGUCGAUCGAACGACCGGCCGACCGGUAACUAGUUUGCCACUGUAA